AUGACAGUAAAUAAUGCUGAAGAAAUGGAAUAUAUGAAGAAGAGGAGGGUAGGAAGAGAAAAUCAAGAGAAAAGCCUGUGGGAGGCAACGGAACAGAAGCAGAAACGCCAUGUUAAUGUUCAAUUUAUAGAUCCAGAUGGCAACAAGGUAGGCGAUGAAUUCGAUAUAAACUUGGAUGAAACCAAUUUAAAGGACUUGACUUCUCUGGUUAAUCAGCUUUUGGAGAAUGAAGAAGAUACUCCUUAUAGCUUUUGUCUAAAUGAUUCAAACUUGGAGGUUUCUUUUUCACUUUCUGAAACAUUUGAUAAGAUAGGAGGGAUUUCUACGGAAGAUGUGCUUAGGAUUGUGUACUAUCCAAUGACUCCUUUUAAAAUUUUGCCGGCCACAAGAUGUACUAGCUCUUUACAAGGCCACAAAGAUGCAGUUUUAUGUUGUUCUUUUAGUCCUGACAGCAAUCUUCUUGCAACAGGGUCAGGAGAUACAACAGUUAGAAUCUGGGAUCUUCUUACAGAAACUCCUGAAAUGUGCUUAAAAGAGCAUUCAAAUUGGGUUCUUACCCUGGCAUGGUCUCCAGACUCUACCUUAUUAGCUUCAGCAGGUAUGGACAAUAUAAUUUGUAUUUGGAAUCCAUUUAAAGGAGAUAAGGUAUUUAGAAAACUUAAAGGCCACUCUAAGGCUGUAGUCUCACUAGCAUGGCAACCCUUACAUUUGAUAGAAUAUUCUAAUGAAAUUAAAAUGGAUGAAGAGGAAAAUACUACAGAGCUGGGAUCAAAUAACUUAUAUUUACCAAAGUUAAUUAGUGCUUCUAAAGAUUUUACUUUAAAGAUUUGGAAUGUGGCAAGUGGAACCAUUAUUAAUACUUUGUCAUCUCACACCGAAAUGAUUACUCAUGUUAAAUGGACAGGAAUAAAUCAAGAAUAUGUUGUUAGCUCUUCUAGAGAUACAUUAAUUAAGGUUUGGAACCCACAGACUGGUCAACUUCUAAGAGAUCUUAAAGGUCAUGCUCAUUGGGUUAACACUCUUGCUUUGAAUACUGACUACAUAACUAGAUCAGCUUGCUACUACCCUAGUGGUAAAAAUCUAAAGCUUAACUUUAAAUCCUUGCAAGACAAGAUUACUGCAGCGAAAAAAUCGAUCGAGAAUUUUAAAAAAAGGUGCAAAUUUGAGAGACUUCUUUCAGGAUCAGAUGACAAUACUAUGUUUCUCUGGGAUCCACUUGGGGAAAAUGGAAGAAAACCAAUCCACAGGUUAACUGGGCAUAUUAAGGUUGUAAAUCAUGUGGCCUUUUCACCUGAUGGAAGAUAUAUUGCGUCUGCAUCAUUUGAUAAAACUAUUAGGCUCUGGGAUGGGCAUUCUGGAAAGUUCAUUGCUGUCCUCAGAGGCCAUGUUGGGCCGGUAUAUAUGGUUUCAUGGUCAGUAGAUAGUAGGUUGAUUGCUUCUGCCUCCAGUGAUAGUACCGUCAAAGUUUGGCAUGUAAGCUCUAAAAAGCUAAAGGAGGAUCUCCCAGGUCAUGCUGAUGAAGUUUACACUAUUGAUUGGUCAAUAGAUGGUUCAAGACUUUCUUCAGGAUCCAAAGACUGCAUUGUGAAAAUCUGGAGGCAUUAA